ACCCUCAAAACUAUUUAGCAUCUGAAGUUGGGACAAAAUUUCCAAAAAACAUUUUUUUAGAACAAAAAAAAAAAACUUUCUGCGAGAGUAGACGCGGGCCUGCCGCCAGAGUGAGCUUCGGCGUGUUAGGAGAGCAUCUCUAAAAGUUCUUCUCCUCCUUUCUAAGGAUUUACAUUUAUCCUGUAACCACGGCUUCGAAGGUGGACACCGUUUUUUCCUCCCUGUCUCUACAUUUCUUCAAGAAAGAAAUGGAAGAGGGCUCCAGCUCCCCGGUCUCCCCUGUGGAUAGUCUGGUGACGAGCGAGGAGGAGCCGGAGCGGCAGCAGAAGCGCUUCUCCAGGAAGAGGAGGCACAGCAAGAAGUCCGGAGAGGACAGCAGCGGGAGCAGCCCCGGUCCCGGGCCGGUGAAGCGGGGCAAGAAGCCCAGCCCGAGCAGCAGCCAGUCGUACGAGGAGCUGCAGAACCAGCGGGUCCUGGCGAACGUGCGGGAGCGCCAGCGGACUCAGUCUCUGAACGAGGCCUUCGCGUCUCUGCGCAAAAUUAUCCCCACGCUGCCGUCGGACAAACUGAGCAAGAUCCAGACUCUGAAGCUGGCCUCCAGGUACAUAGACUUCCUGUGCCAGGUGCUGCAGAGCGACGAGAUGGACAGCAAGAUGUCCAGCUGCAGCUACGUAGCGCACGAGAGACUCAGUUACGCGUUCUCGGUGUGGAGGAUGGAGGGCGCCUGGUCCAUGUCAGCAUCCCACUAGCAGUCAGAGACAAACACAAUGCCAAAGCGACUGUUUGCUUCCGAAUGAUGUAAAAGAGAUUAUUGAAGAACUGAUUGACCUCACAGGCCAAGGAUGGAGCAGAGGCGUGAUGUGGCCCACGAAUUGGGUGUGUGUGAGUGUGUGUGGACGCAGAUUCAUCACACCGCGGAGGAUAGAACGUUGCAAAGUGCGCAGCGGGCCAACACAGAUCCGCCAGCUGUGCGCAUUUACGGCCUGAACUCUCACUAAAGCCUUCCUUUAAAAAAA